AUGUUAGAAAGGAAAAUCGCUGAUCUACGUCCAGGUGUACUCAUUUUACAUAUAGGAGGAAAUGAUGUUGACAAUGUAACAGCAGAUGAAUCGUUUGUGAGGGAAUUAAGCCUGCGCCUUUUAUGCAUCGCAGAAACUUUCGCAUCACGCUACAAUAUUGCACAUGUGAAAAUUUGUCAGCUAAUGCCUCGUUUUAGGACUCGACUUUUAGACACAACAUCGUAUAAUGAACUUGUGAUCAAAUUCAACAGAGAAUUGAAAUGUCUGCUGGCCAAAAUAUGCCACCCAAAAAGAAAAGACCAAAGAGCACUACAACCGGGAACACACCAUCCUCUGAGACUUCAGGCCCCGCGAAAGCAGACAACAUCAGCCUCUGUUGACAUUGCCGAGCAGGUGAACAACGCUAUACAAUUAGCCCUGCCAAAAAUCACUCAAGCAGUCCUUUCGGCAAUGAAUAAUAAGAGCGAGGAGCACACAGAUAAAGCUCCAGAGGUGCCUCAGGAAUUACCAAGCACGUCCACGGAGCCGCUUUCCCAGGCUAGCGAUGGUACAAGAAUUCAAGGAAGGGUUCCCAUCUAUGAAUCCAAUGCCGACACCAAUAUCUCCAACAAUGCUCAACCUUUAAAGAACCUAGCAGACUUCAUUUUGCAGAGUUCACUUUCUAAAGCGUCUAGGUCAUCAUACGAUAGAGCUUUUACAUGUUAUAAGUCCUUCAUGUUCAACCAAUAUCCAAACGUUCCCAUCUUACCACCAUCAUCUCAACAUGUCGCACUUUUUGUAGCCUUUUGUUUUCAAUCCAACAUGGCGACGUCGACCUUGAAAAGUUAUCUAUCAGCUCUAGGAUAUAUAUUUAAAUUAAAGGGCUAUCAAGACGUAACACAGCUUUUUGUAAUUCGCAAAAUGCUACAAGGGUAUCAAAAGUUAAAACCAGGUACCGGGGAUACGAGGCUGCCUAUAACACCGUCUAUUCUAAGAAAUUUAGUUGACUCGCUUGAUCAUUUAGGUAUCUCAUUUUACCAGCGCAGCAUGCUAAAAUCAAUGUAUUUGUUGGCCUUCCAUGCCUUCUUAAGAGUGGGGGAAAUAACUAUCACAUCUCGACAUCACAGAGGUAAUGUUUUGCUACUGGAAAAUGUUAAGCUUGUUCGAGACGAAUCAAACACACUAGAAGGCCUAGAAAUAAGACCUGAUUCUUUCAAGCACAGUUCUGGCCGACAUAUUCCCACCUUGUUUCUACAGGCUAGUAAUUCCGAUGAAGGGCUCUGUCCAGUGCAAGCACUAUUGUCAAUUAUUACACUAAGGGGUCAAGUCAUGGGUCCCCUUUUUUCUUACCCUGAUGGUCAUGGAAUCCAAAGGCAACAAUUUACAAACUUUCUACAAAUCUCUUUAAAGUGGUCGGGUCUCGAUUCUAAACUCUAUAAAACUCAUAGUUUUCGAAUUGGUGCGGCAACGUCAGCGGCCGAAAUGGGUAUUUCAGAUGAAAAGAUUAAACAGAUGGGACGAUGGCAUUCCGACGCAUACAAGAAAUACAUACGCAUACCUGUUUUGAAAAUCUAAAUAUUUUCUGCAGUAAGUAUAAUCAUGGGGACAGGGGCCUCUGAUUAUGCACUAAAUAUCAACACAUACUACGAUCAGCUGUUUUUUGGACAUAGCGAAUAUAAGUUUCCAGAUUUAUAUUUAAUUUCCCUUUAUAGCAUGGACUGUUUUGAAUUUUAAACCUAGGUCAUGGGGACAUGGGCCUCUGACUUAACCUUAUAAAUAUAGCAUGGAAUGUUUUGAUUUUCAAACUUGAGUCAUGGGGACAGGGGCCUCUGACUUAACCUUACAAAUAAAGGAUGGACUGUUUUGAUUUUUCGAACUUACACGUAAGUCAU